GACAUAAAAUUACAGACGAAAGCUUCCGGUGCACAUGUGUGUUUCCAGCUCAGACUGAUGUCAGCAUGUUUUCUUAGACUGAAAUUAUGAUUGACAGUUUAGAAGAAAGCUUUGAGACAUAUGGUAUUGUAUACUAUCUACUUUUGCUGCCGAGCACUUUAAUUGUGUUUGUCAUUUGUCUGUUCAUUCGCUGGAUGGGACUGAAAUUUUUUAGACACAACUGACCACAGACAGAAAGGAACAAAAUGAAUCCCUGAUGACAUAAUAUAUUGGCAUCAUGGCUAUGUUAAUUAGGCAAUUGUAUUGCCACAUCCUCCAAGGGAGACAACCUGUAAACGUUCUUUGUGGAACAUUCUCUCUGAGACAGAAGCAAUGCCAUACUAAUGCUGUGGUGGCAGUGUUCAGUGAAAACCAAGAAAAAGAAUCAAACGGAGAAGGAGUUACAUGUGAAAAAGUGAAAAGGUCUGUCAGAAAGAAGUCAUCAUUUGACAGACUCCGGAUAAAUACAGAAAAUGACUUUGAUAGGAGAGAAAGAAAUGACAACAUUCAAUUAAAUGAAGAAAGUAGACAUUUUAGAAGAGAGUUACCUGGUGAUGGUUUUGAAUUCAGUGAUGAAGACAUGACUUUUAGAAGGGAAAACACAGGUGAAUUUGAUGAAGAAAACAAAACAAAUAAUGUAAAGGAUGGCAGGAAGUUCAAAGACCAAAAACAUUUCUACAAACGGAAAAAGAUGGAGGAUGGCAACAGGAAAAACAUUCAGAAAGGAAGUAAACCUGUACUGGGCUCUGGAAAAAGAUUUGGAGUGCAAUACAGCAAUAAAAAAUACCCAAUCAAGGGAGAAAUAUUGUUUGGCUAUCAUCCUGUAAGUAUAGCCUUAUCUCAGGGACGACGACAGUGCCACAAGCUCUUCAUCCAACGGGGCCGCACAUUGUCCCCCGAUGUGAGUGUUCAAGACCUGGCUAAUGAGGCCAAUAUACCGGUGGAGGAGGUUUCUCGGAUACAUCUUGACCAGCUCUGUCUAGGUCGACCACAUCAGGGAAUCUGUAUGGACGUGGAUCCAAUUGAUAUCCCAAAUUUGUCACCCGACGAUGUAAGAACUGCUGCCGUGGAACCACCACCGAUAUGGCUGCUACCUUACGAAAUUGUGGAUCCAAUGAACAUGGGUGCUAUCAUACGAUCAUCCUACUAUUUCGGAGUGGACGCCAUUGUCCUCCCAAGUAACCACUGUGCCACUGCCAGUCCUAUGGUCAGCAAAGCCAGCUCUGGGGCUAUGGAACUGAUGAAAUUAUUUCAUUUAAAAAACAAGGCAGCCACUGAACAGUUUCUGCAGGACUGGAAAGCUAAUGUAGGACAGGUAAUCGGCACAGCGACUGGACCAGGUACUGUGGCUGUAACAGACUGUGUGGUUACCAUGCCAACACUACUUAUCGUUGGUAAUGAGCAUCGUGGUUUGAAGAAAAAUAUUCUGGAACAAUGUGAUAAAGUCAUUAAGUUACCCGAGUUUUCACCAGAUAGACAAUCAACGAUUGGCUCUCUUAAUGUUUCCGUGGCAACUGGAAUAGUACUACAUGCACUUAAAACCAACAGUACAAUUAAAUGAAUAUAGGAAGGCAUUUUAUCAGGAAAACCUAAAAUCAUUUCCAUAUCUAUAGAGGACCCAACUCCAUAUCUACAGAAGAUUGAACUCCAUAUCUACAAAGGGCAUCACAGGUCUUAUAAUGUUAAUCAUUUAACACGUUACUUUUUAUGACCUUAAAUAGCGGAUACCUUAAAAGCUGUGAUUAACGUAAUAGUUGUGGUGGCAAAGUUUCAAAGCAAAGAGCUGAAAACUUUGGAUAAAGAAUGAGUGUUUUCUUUGCUGAUUGUGUGACAGAUAAUUUCUUAAAAAGUGUGAAUUGUAGAGGAAAAUAUUUUCAAAUAUUUUAAUAAAUCAUAUUUUGUAUGUAUCCUCU